UCCGUUUUCCAGAAUCUUAAGGAAAAAUUCCGAAAACCAUUGAAGCAGGGAAGAGAAAUAAUGAACUCGGCGCUAAUGCUACGUCGUUUCAUCUGCGUCAACGCUUCCGCAACUCUUUCUUCCGUAUCUCCAUCUCCGAGGAAGAAGCCUCUCAUCUUCUUAGGCUCUCCUCAAGUUUCCGUGACAGUGCUCGAAGCUCUUUUCGACGCAUCUUCCGCACCAAACUCUUCCUUCGAGGUUGCUGGAAUUGUCACACAGCCUCCGGCGAGAAGAGACAGGAGGAGAAAAGUGUUGCCUUCUCCAGUAGCGCAAUACGCUCUUGAAAAGGGCUUACCUUCUGAUCUGAUCCUCUCCCCUGAGAAGGCAGGAGAUGAAGCGUUCUUGUCCACUUUAAGAGAUUUGCAACCUGAGCUUUGUGUUACUGCUGCUUAUGGGAAUAUUUUGCCAACCAAGUUCCUUAAUAUUCCGGUUCACGGGACAGUGAAUAUACAUCCUAGUUUGUUGCCACUCUACCGUGGUGCUGCUCCAGUGCAAAGAGCAUUGCAGGAUGGUGUUCAAGAAACAGGAGUGUCAUUAGCAUUUACGGUGCGGAAGCUAGAUGCAGGGGCAGUGAUUGCCUCUAAGAGGUUACAAGUAGAUGAUCAAAUAAAGGCACCAGAACUACUCUCGUUAUUAUUUUCUGAAGGGUCUAAGCUUCUUAUCCGUGAACUUCCGUUGAUAUUUGACGGGUCAGCAAAAUCAAAAGCAGUUCCUCAAGAUGAUUCUAAAGCUACCUUAGCUCCAAAGAUAGCUCCUGACGAGGCUUGGCUUUCUUUCAACGAGGAAGCUUUUGUUCUACAUAACAAGGUUCGUGCAUUCGCAGGAUGGCCGGGAACACGAGCUAAAGUCUUGGUCCUCGAUGACAAAAGCGGUCAGCAAAACGAGCUAGAGCUUAAGAUCAUCACCACUCGGAUAUGCCAAAGUACAGAAGUUCUGAACGGUGAACAGGAUUAUGUAACUUUCAAGAAAGGUUCAUUGGUGUUUCCCUGUGGAGGAGGCACAGUUUUGGAGGUACUUGAAGUUCAACUUCCUGGUAAGAAAGCAAUCAAUGCGACUUCUUUUUGGAAUGGCUUGAGAGGUCAAAAGCUGAAGAAGCUAUGAAGACAGACUGAAGUUUGAUUGUAAGUGUCAAUUUAGUUUUUGUCACAUUCUAAUUUUACUUAUGACUAAAUCCCCACAUUCUUUGGUGUAAUACUAUUCAUUCUCUACUCCACGGAGAAGACUUUAAAUCUGAAAUAAACAAAUUCUUCAUACUUUUA